AUGUCCGUUUACAAUGUAAAAAAGCAUUCUUAUUGCAUAUAUGUUUCUUGCAUUAAUAAAACAUAAACAGAUAUUUUCUUUUCACAUCAGAAUAUUUAUUAUUCUCAACGUCAACUAUUGUAUUGGAAGUAUUUUUAGUUGAAAAUGUAAGUUUUUUAAAAGUUAAAGGCAUUUUUAGCGGUUGAAAGGUAGUUUAAAAAAGUAGUUAUAAAAAUGAAAGAGUAGAUUAGAAAUUGAAGAUAAACCAAGUUAAUCUAUAGUGAGGACAUGAAGAGAGUUGGGUACCGUAUAUACAGUAGAGUAAAGUAGGGUAGGGCUAGGUACGGUAACAUAAGAUAAGGUGAAGUAAAGAAAGAAAGAGUAAAAUAGGAUACAGUAGGGUUGUAUAGUGUAGGUAUGGUCGAGUAGGACAGGGUAGAGUAAAGUAGUUUAAGCUAGAGCAGAACACGGCAAAAUACGGUAAGACAUAGUAGCAUAAGUUAAGAUAAAGUACGCAUUCUUACUUUACUAUGCAACCAAAUAGUAUCUAACUGUUUUUUCAGGGCCUAUGUAAAGCACCUUCUACUUACUACCAUCAUUUUAACUAGUGUGAACAGUGCAAUAAUUAGUAGAUCAGAUAAGAAUGACAGUGUAAAAUCGACCAACUUUACAAAUACUAUCUCUUCUUCAAAGUACCUCCUAACCCAAAAACUGUCAGACUUUGUAACUCCAGAACAACUGACAGAAUACAACAAGAUGUUGAGAGAAAAUGAAGAUGUACCUCUGAUCUUCUUGUACAAACAUCUGGACCUGUUCAAGGAUUCUUUGUCCAAAGAAGCUCAAGAUUUUAUAAAUUUCAAAAAUGCGGAAUUACAGCGACGAAUUCAGACGGCCGAUGCAACAGUAAACGGACUGAGUGAAGCUGCACAGAAGUUGUACUACGAAUUUCGAAAAAUGAGGUCAGAUUACUACAGCACGUAUAAACAACGUCAAUCAGCUCUGGUUGAGAUAUUGAAGAAAGGAGGUAAAGAGGCGAUUGAGGAAUUACGCGACAAUGAUGCUUUGCUUCCGUUUGACAAGUACAUAUAG